UUUGGCUACAACCAACCCAAAAAUGUCCCACAGAGAUGAUCAUCGCCAUAAAACCAAUUGGGAAAAGAUGGAACGCCUUUAGUUACUUGGACGACGUAACGCUAACUAUAUGUGUAUGUUUUAGAUACACUACUCACUUGCCAAAAAUGUUCAAACUACAAAUUGCAUUUUGCUGCAUCCUUGUGGCUUCUGUGGAAGGAGGUCUGAUAGCCUCAUCCGCCCCAGUGCUCAGAGAGUUGGACGCUUAUCCACAGUACAACUAUGGUUACUCGGUCCAAGACCCAAUCACUGGAGAUGUGAAAGGUCAGGAGGAGUCGAGGAAUGGGGAUGUUGUUCGUGGGCGAUACUCCCUCAUCGAACCUGAUGGCACACUUAGAAUCGUGAAUUAUUUCGCCGACAGUACUGGGUUUCAUGCUCGGGUUGAAAAACAGCCUGGAUUUUCUGCCCCUGUUCAAGUAGUGCAGGGAUCUCACGUGGUACCCGCUCAGGUACCAUUCAGACCAAUCCCACCUCCAGCUCACCCACAGCCUGUUGAGGUUACGGUUCCAGUUCAACAGCCCGUACAGGUUGAAGAAGUACUUCAACCCCAGCCUCAACCUGUAGAUGCUCCACAAAUUCCGGUCCAGCCUCAGCCACAGCCCCCACAGUUCCAACCUCAGCCACAGCCCCCACAAUUCCAGCCACAGCCCCCACAGGCUCCUCAGCAACCCCCGACUGCACAACCUCAACCACGCCCCCCACAAUUUCCAGCUCAACCUGAACCACAACCUCCACAGGUUCCUCAGCAGCCUCCAGCUCCACAACCUCAGCCACCAUUUCAGCCUCAGCCUCAACCUGAGGAAACGUUUGACGACGCGGAAAUUAUCGAGGCACGUUCAGGCCGUGGGUCCUCUGCCUCCGGUCGUGGAUCUUCCGUCUCGUUCCGAAGCAGCAGAAUGGGACAGCACGACUUUAACUUUUCCUUCUAAACUGCUCACAAAAAGAUGGGAAUAAACUCAACCUAUCCUCAAAGACUUGAUGAUGACAGAAAUGAAUGAUUAAUGGCUUCGUAAAUAUAGUUAAAGAGUAGGAUAAGAUGCUUAAACAAUUUGCAAAUGCAAAAUUUUCAGAAUGCUUUUAUAAUAAAAUAAAAAUAUUUUUCUGAGCUUUA